AUGCCAGGCCUCCUGCAAGCAAAGAACCCUCGUGUGCAUGGUGCAGCCGUCGAGGUCUUGAGCAGCACACUGCUGCCGAAGCUGGCCGAAAGGCUGCACUGCGCUUGGGCGCAAAUGUCCACGGCCAUGCGGCAGCGGGAGGACAGAGGUGCCGUCCGAGCUGCUAUGGCAAAGGAACAGGACGUGCUCGACUUUUUGGUCGACCUCCUGAGCCUCGGUCAGCCUGCAGUGACGCAGGCCGUGGCAACGGUGAUCGUCUGCGGGCCGCUGCUCUCCCAGCUGCGCGUGCUGGCAGAGCGCCACCGGUACAUGAAUAGACCCCAGAGCAUCUGGGAG